AUGUCCCUGCAAAAUUUCUCUAACGAUGAAUACGCAUAUUCAGAAGAAUCGCAGUUAUUACCAAAUGAAGAAUCUUCCGAAUUAUUAUCUAAAGAAUCACCCUUAUUAUCUGACAAACAACAGCCUUUAUCAUUAGAUAAAGAUCCAUUAUUAUUAGAUGAUGAACUUUCUUUGGAUGAGCCCUCUAUAGAUAGUAAACCUGUCUCAGAUGAAGAAUCUCUUUUAUUACUAGAAGGUUCAUCUAAUUCCACUCAAAAUACAAUCACGGAGGCGUCAAAAUCAUCACAACAAAAUAUUAUAGUUAAAAGGAAAAGUAAUAGUAACUUACGAAAUAACAAUGCUAAUAAAAAAUCUAAACCAGAGAAAAGUUGGGUAUGGCAUUACAUGAAAAAAGACAAACCUGCCAAAAUAAUCUAUUGUCGAGCAUGGGUCGGUGAUGAUAAUCUUAAACAAUGCACAAGUACUUUUGAAAUUGCAACAAGUACAACAAAUUUAGCUAGCCAUCUUCGAACCGUACAUAGAUUAAGUAAAACUGGUCCUUUAUUACCUUUAAGUGGCGAAAAAGAAACAGUACAGUUACAGCCUGUUAGAUUAGACCUGUCACAGUCUACUUUAUUAGAAUUAGUUAAUCAUCUUGCAAAAGAUAAAGAAAGAGAUGUUAGAAAUAAUGCUAAAGCACUUGAAAAGCUACUUCUUGAUGAUGAUGAUUUGCUAGGAAUCCAGGAGUUGGUUGAAUUGUUAGGUCCAUUUGCACAUGUUACAACUAUAGUAGGUGGAGACCAUUACCCUACUCUUUCAAUGAUGUUACCAUUAGUUAGAAUUUUGCAAGAACACUUAUAUCAAAAAGAAGAAACUCUCACACACCCAAUUAUUCGUGAUGUACGUGACGAAAUUGAGCUGUCAUUUGGUGAACGUUGGGAAGAACCCGGGCCAGAAGGAUAUGUUGCAGCUAUGUUGGAUCCAAGAUUUAAAGACUUAGGUUUUGAGCCGGCAAAAUUUGAAUCAACAAAAGAUGAAUUAAAAUGCAGGAUGAUGGAAUAUAUAGAAAAUAAUAAUUAUUCUUUACCCAACAAUAAUUUACCUACUUCCCUAUUAAGCUCACUAUUCGAAGAAACUACCCACCAGUC